AUGAUAUCUGUAGUUAGUAUAUUAAAUAUAUUUUAUAUAGAGUAGGUGUUUGUUUUGUUAGUUUGCUUGUUUUAAUUUGUUUAUUGGUUAAUCAACAUACGGCACAUCUAUCUUAUUCAAUAAGCUGGAUGGUGCACUGAGUUUAUACUUUGCUCAACUUAAUUUAUAAACGCUUGCGGAUAAUAGAGCUUUGAGCAGGCAUAGUAAGACGAGGGCAAAAUAGUUGCUUGUGCUCGUAAAUGCGCUUAGCGUUCAUAAGCUAAGGAUUUGAGUCUUCAAAUUCCUACUAUUAUUUCAUCAUCAUGA